UUCCGAUACAUGCGGCAGCAGUGUAUCAAGCAAGAGCUGAUCUGCAAGUGGAUCGACCCCGAGCAGCUGAACAACCCCAAAAAAAGUUGCAAUAAAACUUUCAGCACCAUGCACGAGUUGGUCACCCACGUCUCGGUGGAACAUGUUGGGGGACCCGAGCAGAGCAACCAUGUCUGCUACUGGGAGGAGUGUCCCCGGGAAGGCAAGCCCUUCAAAGCGAAAUACAAACUGGUCAAUCAUAUCCGAGUGCACACGGGAGAGAAGCCCUUCCCCUGCCCCUUCCCCGGCUGCGGGAAAGUUUUCGCCAGAUCGGAAAACCUCAAAAUCCACAAGCGGACGCACACAGGUAAAUCGGUUUUCUUUCGGCAGGCUUGGGCAACUGUUAUGUACGCGGGUGUGCAUGUGCGGGUCGAGAGAGAGAGAAGGAGAAGGAGAGAUGCGAAAUGAUGGAAGUCGUAGAAUGAGAGUCGCCUGUAAAUUUGUUUCCGAGUGCGAAGCCGCCCGGUUUCAUCACACGGCCGUGUUUGUUUGGGUUUCUCCUCCCACCCCUCAUACCCCCCGAUUCCGACAGGACAUUUUUCUAAUUUCUUUUAAUGGGCGGAAUGAGCAGUGCAGAAGCCUACCGAGGCUCGAAUGAACUCUCUCCAUAGCGAGGCAAUAUUAAAGGCGAAAUAAAUUCUGCGGUAGUGUGGAAACACGGAAGGGUACAGGCGUACCUAAAAUACACUAUACGUAUGCAAUGCACAGCGUAUUUUCACGUAACUUCAGUGCGUGUGUGCAUGGAUUUCGUAUAUGUACACUGAGAGAGGGAGAGAGAGAGAAAAACGAUACAAAUGCAUAGAAAAGCCUCCGUUCGCCCAAGAUCUCGUAGGAAGUGCCAAAAUGUCCCUUUCUGGGAAUGCUUUCCAUUAAAUUUAAAUGGUGUGAGCAAGGCAAUAAAAUUUUCUCAUUUAAAAAAGUGUUUUUAAAGUCUCACUUGAGGUGAUUUAAGGUGGUUUUGCAACAGUUUAUUAAAUUAUGUAAUAGGUAACAGAGGAUUUGAGGUUCAGAAACUUGCACCAAAAUCAGGUGAAAUGUGGGAAAAGGACCCAAAGCUUCCUGAUGGAAAAUCGCGUGAGCUGAGCAGUAACAAAAUAAACGCAUCCUCCUGCUUCAUAUAUUAUUCAUUUACUACUACUCCCAGCCAGAAUUGUGCCAGACUAUUUCAUAAAAGACAGGCAAAUAUUUUAGCAACUUCGACUAUAAAUAUUUACUCGGAUAAGGGUAAAAUCUAGAGGCCUAUUGUUUUCCUAAGUGCUAAGCACGAUGCUAGGUGCGAGACGAGCUUUAACAAGGUUUAAAAUUUGAGAAAUGUAUUUGCAUGAGAUGCCCGCACUUAAGUCAUUGUGUCGGAGCGGAUGUCUUUAAGAAACAAUUUAGGUGCUAAUGGAAUUUAAUGUUAAAUGGUUCCCCCUCCAAAUGGGGGGAUGUGGAGUUCUCACGUCCAAAUUACUCUGCAGCAUUUGGAGUUCUGGCAGCCGGGUGAGGAAUCCGUAUGAAAAUUAAAUGAAGUAUUUUACAGACGUUUAGUUUUCCCAGCGGAUGUGUGUUUAUCUCGAAUAUCCAUACUUGAAACAAUCUGCCUAGCCUUAAAUCUGUUGUUAAUGGUUUACAGUUUAACAGGAUAUUGGUACCGAGGCAAAACAUCUC